AUGUUCCUAUUCCCCCUCCGCACUCGUCAUUGUAUCACUAUACACCAGUGCUCACUUCGGUUGCAAGGAAAGCUUACUGCCGUCGCCAGGAAUAUACAUACCCACAUUCCCUACAAAAUGCUGCCUCUUUCAAUUGAACAAAGAAGGCCUGCCCAGUCCCCCGAGUAUGACCAGUCCACUCUAUCCAACUACAAGGAAUUCACGGUUCUUCACACCGAUUUGAACUUGUCUGUUUCCUUUGACAAAUCCGCCAUUUCAGGGAACGUUAUCUUCCAGUUGAAAAAACUAAACAAGGAUAACAAGAAGACCAGCGAAUUACAUCUAGAUACCUCUUACUUGGAUGUCCAGGAGGUCGAGGUUGACGGUACCGGGGCUAGUUUCCAGGUCGAGAAAAGAAAGGAACCAUUGGGGUCGCGAUUAGUUAUCGCCAAUCCCUCUUCCAACGACGAGUUCAAUUUAACAAUCCGCUUUUGUACCACCAACAAGUGUACUGCCUUACAAUGGCUGAACAGCAAGCAAACCAAGGGCGGCAAACCGUACGUGUUCUCGCAACUGGAAGCUAUUCAUGCGAGAUCUUUGUUCCCGUGCUUCGAUACGCCUUCUGUCAAAUCGACUUUCACUGCAUCCAUUGAAUCGCCAUUACCGGUUGUUUUUUCAGGUAUCAAGAGCAAAGACUCCAACGAGGUUGCGAACGUCUACAAAUUCGAACAAAAAGUGCCCGUCCCAGCUUACUUAAUUGGUAUUGCCUCUGGUGAUUUGGCAAGCGCCUCCAUUGGUCCUCGUUCCACCGUUUAUACAGAACCGUUCCGUUUGCAAGAUUGCAAAUGGGAGUUUGAAAACGAUGUGGAGAAGUUCAUUCAGGCUGCUGAAAAAAUCAUCUUUGAUUAUGAAUGGGGCACCUACGACAUUUUGAUCAAUGUUGAUUCCUACCCUUACGGCGGUAUGGAAUCUCCAAACAUGACGUUUGCCACUCCUACUUUGAUUGCCCACGACAAGUCCAAUAUUGAUGUUAUCGCUCAUGAACUGGCUCAUUCUUGGUCCGGUAACCUGGUAACCAAUUGCUCUUGGAACCAUUUUUGGUUAAAUGAAGGCUGGACCGUUUACCUGGAAAGAAGGAUUAUCGGUGCUAUUCAUGGUGAACCUACAAGACAUUUUAGCGCUCUUAUUGGUUGGAGCGACUUGGAAAACUCCAUCGAGUCCAUGAAGAACCCUGAAAGAUUUUCCACUCUGGUGCAAGAUUUGAACGAUGACACCGAUCCUGACGACGCCUUCUCUACUGUUCCAUACGAGAAGGGAUUUAACCUAUUGUUUUAUUUAGAAAAUGUUUUGGGUGGGAAGGCUGAAUUUGAUCCGUUCAUCAAACACUACUUCAAGAAGUUUGCCAAGAAGUCUCUAGAUACUUUCCAGUUUUUGGAUACUUUAUACGAAUUCUUUCCUGAAAAGAAGGGAAUUUUGGAUGCUGUCGACUGGGAAACUUGGCUAUACAAACCAGGCAUGCCACCAAAGCCUCACUUCAUUACCGCAUUAGCUGACAAUGUCUACCAAUUGGCUGACAAAUGGAUUCAAAUGGCCCAAAAGUUGAAAACUUCAGAAGAAUUCCGGUCCGAAUUCAGCGCCAUCGACAUUAAAGAUUUCAACUCGAACCAAUUGGUCUUGUUUUUGGAAACUUUGACACAAAAUGGUCACUCCACGGAAAAGCCAAAGGAUUUCGAUUGGGCCAAGGCCCCUGUGGCAUCCAAGGUUCUGUUAGACAUCUACCAGGACAAGAUUGUUAAAUCCCAAAACGCUGAAGUCGUUUUCAAGAUGUAUAAAUUCCAAAUCUUUGCCAGGCUACAACAAACCUACAAAAAUUUGGCUGACUGGUUGGGCACCGUGGGCAGAAUGAAGUUUGUUCGUCCUGGUUACAGACUAUUAAACUCCGUAGACCGUCCGUUGGCUCUUGCCACUUUCGACAAAUUUAAGGACACGUACCAUCCAAUCUGUAAGGCCCUUGUAAAACAGGAUCUAGGCCUAUGA